UAUCUCAUUACUCUCGUCUUUAUAGAGCUUCUGCAAAUAGGUAAUCAGUCUGCGUUUCUAAAUAUAUCAAUGUUUCCACUGUGUUACAUCAGAAAACAAGCUGCUUAUUGUAUUCUUACGUAUCAUAAUAUACCUUUCAAUAUUACCUUUAGACUUUUAGUUAAGUAACACAGAUUGAGUUCGUUGUCAGUGAUUUUUAGAUAUUUUAUAUAAUUUUAAAGAAAUGGAUAUGGAAAAGAAAAUAGAAAACGAAAAGAGGAAAGGACACACUUAUAUGCAAUGGAUUUCUGGUGUCGUUGCAAACUCGACUCUCUUCACUUACGGGCUGCAGGCGGGCUGGCUGUCACCCUCCGCCAAGGUCCUGCAGUCCUGGUCCUCACCGACAGGCGCUCCGCUGUCGGACUCCAUGCUAGGCUGGGUCGCCAGCCUCAUGCCCAUAACUGCCGCCUUCACUGUUCCGCUCUUUGCCUUCCUCGCGGACAGGAUUGGAAGAAAAAAAAGCAUAUUGCUCAUGGCUGUGCCGCAAUUCGGAUGCUGGCUUCUGAAACUGUUUGCCACAAACUUGACAUACUUAAUCAUAGCUAGGAUAUGCUAUGGGCUUGCCGCUGCCGGCUGCUUCAGUGCUGUGCCCAUGUACAAUAAGGAGAUCGCUCAAGAUAACAUUAGAGGUCGCAUGGGUUCUAUGCUGAUCUUCUUUCUCAAUCUAGGAAUAUUGACGAUGUAUGCGUUAGGAGCUUACCUGGACUACUACACGGUGCUGUAUGUUGUGACCGGGAUACCAGUCCUCACGUUAUUUUUUAUGCUGAAGUGUCCAGAGUCUCCUGGGUACCUGGUUAAGAUUGGCCGUUUCGAUGAGGCAGCCGAAAACUUAUCAUGCCUCAGAGGGCUACCCGUUCACGAUCCAUCCCUGCAAAGUGAACUCGAAUGCAUGAGGAAGCAGGACGAAUAUUACAAGACCCUUCCUAACCUAUCGUUGGUAGUUAUUUUAAAAGACAAAGCAUGGCGUAAGGCCUACCUGAUCUCCGCGCUCGUGAUUGCCGUACAGGCGUUGAGUGGAAACUUUGCUUUGGUGACCUACGGCGCCAACAUCGUGUCAUCUGUGGCAAAUAUGAACGCUGAGCUGCAGACGCUGAGCUUCCCUACCAUUAUGAUGAUGGGCUCAGUUGUGUCUGUGUGCAUUAUGGAACGAGUUGGAAGGAAGAUAAUUCUCCUGUUCUCAUACGCGGUGUCAGUGCUGUCGUUAAGCAGCUUGGCAACAGUAAUGCUCCUACCAAAGGAGAGCGUAUCGGGCUGGUUGCCUCUGCUGGCCAUCACCUUGUCUAUGUUCGUGUAUGCAGUAGGAGUUCUGCCCGGACCGUACAUCAUCAUGUCGGAGAUGUUUAACAUCCAGAUCCGAGCUAAACUUAUGGGCGUGGUCACAGCCCAGGCGUGGUUCAUGUGCUUCACACAGCUAGCGACCUUCGCCCCUAUCACGCUGGCCCUCGGCAUGCAUACAUACUUUUACAUCUGCGCGGGGAUGAACCUCCUCGGCAUUGUUGUUGUUCUGGUACUCAUGCCCGAGACCAGAGGUAAGAGUAUUGAGGAGGUUGAAAAUGAGUUGAGGAAGUGAUAUAGAUCAAGUUUGUGUAUCACUGUUUGAAAUAUAUGUUACAAUACGAUUUACAUAA